AUGAUUUUUACAUUUUACUGCUCAGCACCGUAUUUUGAAACAGUCACCGCGAUGAUGUUGUAUUAUCGCUAUAUCAUCGUACCUCUAAUUCUUGUCAUUCAGCUAGUUGACACAGUAACGUGUCCACUAGAAGCAACGGGUUCUGGUAGUAGCAGUGCUAGCACUAGUGUUUCAAAUAAGCCAGCGAUGCUUGCAAAGCGGAAAAUGUGCCCAGAUUUUAAAGAUAGGGAAGAACAGAAGUAUUGUUGUCCAUCACAUAUUGUACCAGGGAGUUACUAUUGUUGCUCCCAGGAACAUCUCUAUCGUAUCGAAGCGGAAAAAGCUGCUGAAAUCAGACGACAGUUCAUCAAAAAGUAA